AUGCGGUCCCCCGCCCCAGACGUCUCAGAUGCGGCACGCGAAGCCUGGACCAACUUCGCAGAGAAUCGAGCAGAGGAGCUAAGGUGGGAGUUGCGCUGCCGCGAGCGUCUUGCGGCGGACUUGCUGGUUGUUGAGGCUGAUAUUCUUCGGGGCCGAUCGCCAACCAUCCCUUUGGGACUUCUGGGUCUGACGGUCAUGGAGGACGGCAAGAGAUACAUGCUGCCUCAACCCGACGGAGACAGUUUGAGGUUCUCUGUCCAAGAGGACGAGGACCUGCAAGCCAUGGUUGCGUCGUGCCGGGAAAGUUGGGCAGCCGAGGCGGUAGAACCAGAGACGAGGCAGAAACUGGCACUUUAUUUCGCCUGCGCCGAUGCCUGGCAUGCCCGCAUGGUGCAGGCUGCGGAAGCUGUGGAGAUUCAGAGACUGGGCUGGGGACGCGAGACAGGUGAUGAUGAUGACAGCCUGGCACUGGCAGUCGAAGAGAUGAUUGCAAAGACGCCAGAGCUUCAAGACCAGGCAUCGAUGGAAGCGGAGUAUCUCCUGAAUGAGCUUGACGAGAACGAGUUGGCGAACCUUGAGAGCCUAGGGCACUGGUAUCUCACAUGCUUGAGAUUCUUCUCUUUCAAGGAGGUGAUCCCCCAGCAUUCGCACCUCGAGGUGGACUUUGGCGCGAUUGAGCCGACCUGCUUGGCACAUGCGCCCAGGGGCUGCAACGCUGCAGUGGACUUGCCGGACUUCGACAUUGUUCUAAAUCAUGGUGACUUGCCAUUGCUGAGGAAAGAGCAUGAGAAACCCCCUUUCUAUGGGCCCAUGGACAAAGAGGCCAGGACCCCUGCUCCUCUCUUCAGCAUCUGUGCGUCAGAAGAUUUCUGGGAUAUCCUUUUCCCCAAUGUAUGUCGACCAGCGCUGGUUAACAUGUCAAGCAUGUCUGCAAUACCUUGGGAAGCAAAGACGCCUGCAGCAUUCUGGCGAGGAACAGACCGCGGUGCCGUGAAUUGGGCUGUGGAGCUGCAAGACAUGUAUCGUGGCUCUCCCAGGAAGCGCUUCCUGGAUACAUGGUCGGAGAAUCCAAACUUUGACUUGGCCUUUUUGGAAGAUGACCUGUUGAAUGCGACUGUGGUCAACACUGACCCGAGCUUCGUCCCUCUUGACAAGUGGCCGCGCUGGCGAUACUUGUUGGACCUUCCAGGAAACGGCUAUUCCGGCUCGCUCAAGCAGAAGCUAACGACGACUUCUGCGGUGCUAAUGAUGCAGAACGUGAAUGUUGUGGGAUCUCAGCCAGUGUACGAGCACUACCACGGUGGCUUACAGGAUGGAGUUCAUGUCCUGGUCGUCUCCAUGAACGAUGCUGGACAGAAGGUGGCAUGGGCGCAGCAGCAUGACGACCAAAUGAAGGAGAUGGUUGCAAACGCAAACAGGUACAUGGAAGAUGUGCAGAAACUGACCCAGUGCUACCUCUGGUUCCUGAUCAAGCGAUUCGCAUCGCUCCUCAGGUACAAGCCACAGCAGGAGCAAACCAGUGCCUUCAGCAGCCGGGCGUCUGUGCGCACCAUGAAGGUUCAUCGCCGGCCCCUAAGGAGGGAGGCGGCGGCCUUCAAGAAGACUUGCGAAGAGCUUCUGGCAGACAGCGAGGAGUAA